GCUGGCUGACUAUCCAGAUCACAUGAUUAUGUAGAAACAUGAAACUUGAUUAUGUGCUCAGGCAAGUUUUACUUCUCCCUAGAGCAGGGGUGUUUGCCAGCAGCCUGCACUCUCAGAAAUCAGACUUGAGUGGCCGGAACCCUUAAGACCAGAGGCUUACCAUGCUGCUCCCUAGGAGGGCCAGGAACUGCUGACGUGACCACUGGACAGUUAUUCGUGUCUCUUACAAUUACCAAAGAGAAUGGACAAGCUUAAUAAAAUAACCGUCCCCGCCAGUCAGAAGUUGAGGCAGCUUCAAAAGAUGGUCCAUGAUAUUAAAAACAAUGAAGGUGGAAUAAUGAAUAAAAUUAAAAAGCUAAAAGUCAAAGCACCUCCAAGUGUUCCUCGAAGGGACUACGCUUCAGAGAGCCCCGCUGACGAAGAGGAGCAGUGGUCCGAUGACUUUGACAGCGACUAUGAAAAUCCAGACGAGCACUCGGACUCAGAGAUGUACGUGAUGCCCGCCGAGGAGAAUGCUGAUGACAGCUAUGAGCCGCCUCCAGUAGAGCAGGAAACCAGGCCGGUUCACCCAGCCCUGCCCUUCGCCAGGGGCGAGUAUAUAGACAAUCGAUCAAGCCAGAGGCAUUCCCCACCCUUCAGCAAGACACUUCCCAGUAAGUCCAGCUGGCCUUCAGAGAAAGCAAGGCUCACCUCCACCCUGCCAGCCCUGACUGCUCUGCAGAAACCUCAAGUCCCACCCAAACCCAAAGGCCUCCUUGAGGAUGAGGCUGAUUAUGUGGUCCCCGUGGAAGAUAAUGAUGAAAACUAUAUUCAUCCCACAGAAAGCAGUUCACCUCCACCUGAGAAAGCUCCCAUGGUGAAUAGAUCCACCAAGCCAAAUUCGUCAACGCCUGCCUCUCCUCCAGGAACAGCUUCAGGUCGAAACAGUGGGGCCUGGGAAACCAAGUCACCUUCACCAGCUGCACCAUCCCCGUUGCCACGGGCCGGGAAAAAACCAACGAAACCACUGAAGACAACUCCAGUUGCCUCUCAACAGAAUGCUUCAAGUGUUUGUGAAGAAAAACCUAUACCUGCUGAACGCCACCGAGGGUCAAGUCACAGACAAGAAGCUGUGCAGUCACCAGUGUUUCCUCCUGCCCAGAAACAAAUCCAACAAAAACCCAUACCUCUGCCAAGAUUUACAGAAGGGGGAAACCCAACUGUGGAUGGGCCCCUACCCAGCUUUUCAUCUAAUUCCACUAUUUCAGAACAGGAAGCUGGCGUUCUCUGCAAGCCAUGGUAUGCUGGUGCCUGUGAUCGAAAGUCUGCUGAAGAGGCAUUGCACAGAUCAAACAAGGACCCACAGCCUCCACUGCCCUCCAAACAGUGGGAGAGAAAAAAGCUCCAGGGGAGGUCUAUGGAAGGCUUGGUGCUGCAUGAGCUCCACUGAGGAGUGAACAGUGACAGGCUAUUUUGGAUCAAUGUGCAGGAUUAAAAAUUUGAGUCAAGAUGGCAAACAAACAAACAAACAAACAAAAAACACCUGGAAGUAAAUGUUUGGAGAGCUCAACUUCAAUCAUGUAGGAACACCAGGGACAGCUUGGACAAUUCAAGAUUAAAGUGACACUUUUUCUUUCUCUCUUCUCCUCCCAUUUUUGUUUGUUUGUUUUCUUGCUCCCUAAUUUGUCAGAAUAUAUAGCAUUUACAUACUGUUCUUCCUCACCCUUGUUUUAGUCCUAGCUCUACAAGUAAAUAUAUUAGUGUGUUCCAUCAGUCCUUUGGUGGACUUCCACCAUUGUCUCUUUCCUUUGAUGAAGUGUACCUGUAGUAGCUUCUGAGGAAAAACCGUGUUUACAUUAUUCCCUGAGUUCUUGCACAUUCAAAACUGUUUUCUCAGCCAGGCGCAGUGGCUCAUGCCUGUAACCCUAGCACUGUGGGAGGCCAAGGUGAGUGGAUCACUUGAGGUCAGGAGUUUGAGACCAGCCUGGCCAAGAUGGCAAAACCUCAUCUCUACUGAAAAUACAAGAAGUAGCCAGGCAUGAUGGCAGGCGCCUAUAAUCCCAGCUCCUUAGGAGGCUGAAGCAGGAGAAUCAGUUGAGUGUAGGAGGCGGAGGUUGCAGUGAGCCGAGUUCGUGCCACUGCUCUCCAGCCUGGGCAACAAGAGUGAGACUGCUGUGGGGGAAUAAAAAGAGAAAGAGUUAAAAAACUGUUUUCUCAUAUCCUAGUAGUUGGGAGAAACCUUGGCUGGCUAUAAAAUCCUUAAUUUGAGUUUGAAAAGUGUUGCUGCACUAGAUCGUGUUGUUCUGUAUGAAGCUCUUGAGAAGUCUGAUACCAUUGUGACUUUCUUGCUUUUCUAUGUAAUUUGAUACUUUAGUCUGGUGGCUCUGCAGACUUUUUGUUUUUAAAAUCUAAUCAUUUUACCAGAAUAUAUCUCUGAGUUGAUAAUUCCAAAUCAAUUUUCUCAAGUAGACAGAAGCCCUUUCAAUAUGUAGAUUUAAGUUUUCUCUUAUAUCCAACAAGUUUUCUUAGAUCAUAGUCUUAAAGGGUAGUUCUGUUCCCUUAUUUGUUUUUCUUCUGUAAGCACUCAAUUUACAUGCCUUUUGGAUCUUUUUUUGUCAUUUUUUUUCUCCCAUCACUGUCUUUGAUUCUAUGGUACUUAUUUUAUUAAAUCCCAUUUUCUCUCCUGGUUGUUUCCA